AUGACGCACCCGACGCACUGCAACCUCGCCGUGUCGCUACUUUUGGCCUGUGAUGGCGAGGACCCUCAGAUCGUGCCUCUGUCUCCCCUUCCACGUCCUAAAUCGUCAUCCUCGUACGGCAAGGCUAGCAGUGGCACAAACACCUAUGCCUUUGGUCGCAUCGGUCACCACAAUAUCGCUCUCACCUUGCUGCCCGGGAUGGGCAAGAACCGCGUCCGGAUCGCGGCGGCGGGGCAACUCAUCGCAUUCGAGCUGGAGGCUUCUGGUCUCUGGGAUGAGGUGCCUUACCUCGCGCUCCCGAAACAUGCGGUGGGAUACUAUCUAGUCCCCGCGAGCGAGGACCGCGACGUGUUCGGCACCCCAGACAAUUUUCUAGCCAUGGUCGAGUACUUCUACAGCAAGAACCUGUUGGAAUUCGUCCUAACGGACAUCCAGGAUGGUGGCCUGCUGCCUUCCCUCGUGACCUUCGAGCGCAGCUCCUCCUUCCAUGCCCUCAUGGAGAUUGCGGGCAUUGAUUGGGAUCAGAUGCUGCAGGAAGUAUCGUUGUCUUACUUUGACUAUGCGUGCCAUUGCUGGCUCUUGGCUUACGAAAAGGUGUAG